CACGCCGAGCAAGCAGCCCCUUCCUGCCCAAGUGACAACAGGCCAGCGUAGCCCGGGCUGUUGUCCCUUUAAAACCCGAAUCCGAAGGGGUAAUGAUUUAUCAAACGUGUGUUAUCAGGAAGAUGUCAAAGGAAGGGCACCUUGCUUUGCACUGACGCAAAACCCGGCCUUCCCCGGGGAGAUAUAGAAAGCGCCUCUCCUUGCGGGCCCGAGCCUCAUCCAGUGGAUAGCCCGUUUUAAUCUGUUGCGGGUAUCAGACAUGGAUUGCAGUGCUCCCAAGGAAACGAAUAAACAGCCAGCCAACAGCCUGGAGGCAGCCAUGCCUGGCCACCGGGAUAGCCCGUGCCCGCCCAGGACCAGCCCCGAGCAGGAGCUGACCGCCGCGGCCGCUGUGCCGCCUCCACGUGUGCCUAGGUCAGCUUCCACCGGCGCCCAAACUUUCCAGUCUGCGGAUGCGCGAGCCUGCGAGUCAGAGCGGUCAGGGGUGGGGUUUUGUAAACUCAGCAGCCCCCGGGCACAGGCGACCUCGGCGGCCCUCCGGGACGUAAGCGAAGGGCACAGCGCGCAGGCCAACGCCCCUUCUGCCAGCGCCGGGUCGGGCAACGCGCUGCACUGCAAGAUCCCGGCUCUGCGAGGCCUGGAGGAGGACGCGAACGUGAGUGUGGGCAAGGGCACGCUGGAGCGCAACAACACCCCUGCCGUGGGCUGGGUGAACAUGAGCCAGAGCACUGUGGUGCUGGGUACCGAUGGCAUCGCGUCGGUGCUCCCGGGCAGCGUGGCCUCCACUGCCACACAGGAGGACGAGCAAGGGGAUGAGAAUAAGGCCCGAGGGAACUGGUCCAGCAAACUGGACUUCAUCCUGUCCAUGGUGGGGUACGCAGUGGGGCUGGGCAAUGUUUGGAGGUUUCCCUACCUGGCCUUCCAGAACGGGGGAGGUGCUUUCCUCGUCCCUUACCUGAUGAUGCUGGCGCUGGCUGGUUUGCCUAUCUUCUUUCUAGAAGUGUCACUGGGCCAGUUUGCCAGCCAGGGUCCUGUGUCUGUGUGGAAGGCCAUCCCAGCCCUGCAGGGCUGUGGUAUUGCGAUGCUCAUCAUCUCCGUCCUCAUAGCCAUAUACUACAACGUGAUUAUCUGCUAUACCCUCUUCUACCUGUUUGCCUCCUUUGUGUCUGUGCUGCCCUGGGGCUCCUGCAACAACCCCUGGAACACACCAGAGUGCAAAGACAAAACCAAGCUUUUACUAGAUUCCUGUGUUAUCGGUGACCAUCCCAAAAUACAGAUCAAGAACUCAACUUUCUGUAUGACUGCCUAUCCGAACUUGACAAUGGUCAACUUCACCAGCCAGGCCAACAAAACGUUUGUCAGCGGGAGCGAAGAGUACUUCAAGUACUUUGUGCUGAAGAUUUCUGCAGGGAUUGAAUAUCCAGGUGAGAUCAGGUGGCCCCUGGCCUUCUGCCUCUUCCUGGCUUGGGUGAUUGUGUACGCAUCUCUGGCAAAAGGAAUCAAGACAUCCGGCAAAGUGGUAUACUUCACAGCUACCUUCCCGUAUGUCGUGCUGGUCAUCCUCCUCAUCAGAGGCGUCACCCUGCCUGGGGCUGGAGCCGGCAUCUGGUACUUCAUCACACCUAAGUGGGAGAAACUCACGGAUGCCACGGUGUGGAAGGAUGCAGCUACUCAGAUUUUCUUCUCUCUCUCUGCCGCCUGGGGAGGGCUCAUCACUCUUUCUUCUUACAACAAAUUCCACAACAACUGCUACAGGGACACCCUCAUUGUGACCUGCACCAACAGUGCCACGAGCAUCUUUGCCGGCUUCGUCAUCUUCUCCGUCAUCGGCUUCAUGGCCAACGAACGCAAAGUCAACAUUGAGAACGUGGCCGACCAAGGGCCCGGCAUUGCGUUCGUGGUUUACCCGGAAGCCUUAACCAGGCUGCCUCUCUCUCCGUUCUGGGCCAUCAUCUUUUUCCUGAUGCUUCUCACUCUUGGACUUGACACUAUGUUUGCCACCAUCGAGACCAUUGUGACGUCCAUCUCGGAUGAGUUUCCCAAGUACCUGCGCACACACAAGCCGGUGUUCACCCUGGGCUGCUGCAUCUGCUUCUUCAUCAUGGGCUUCCCAAUGAUCACUCAGGGUGGAAUUUACAUGUUUCAGCUUGUGGACACCUAUGCAGCCUCCUAUGCCCUGGUCAUCAUUGCCAUAUUUGAGCUUGUUGGCAUCUCCUACGUCUAUGGUUUGCAGAGGUUCUGUGAAGACAUCGAGAUGAUGAUCGGAUUCCAGCCCAACAUCUUCUGGAAAGUCUGCUGGGCAUUCGUCACGCCGACCAUUUUAACUUUUAUCCUUUGCUUCAGCUUCUACCAAUGGGAGCCCAUGACCUACGGCUCCUACCGCUACCCUACGUGGUCCAUGGUGCUUGGAUGGCUGAUGCUUGCCUGUUCUGUUAUCUGGAUCCCAGUUAUGUUUGUGAUCAAAAUGCAUCUGGCUCCUGGAAGGUUUAUUGAGAGGCUGAAGUUGGUAUGCUCACCACAGCCAGACUGGGGCCCAUUCUUAGCUCAACACCGUGGGGAGCGCUACAAGAACAUGAUGGACCCUUUGGGAACCUCGUCCCUGGGACUCAAGCUGCCAGUGAAAGAUUUGGAACUGGGCACCCAGUGCUAGUCCAGCGGUGUGGGUGGUCCAGUCUUCCUUCCGGUCUCCUCCCCGCCUCCCCCUCACGCUUCCCUUAGCUUUGUUCCCAGUGCUCUUUCCCCACACCUCGGUUCACAGCCAUGCAUGGGAGUGUUCUGUAGAAAAGCAGGUCAUAGCAUGGCAUGCUAGAGCGAGAGCCACGUGGACCACUUGAA